UUUUUUUUAAGGGUGGAGUUUACACUUCUGUAUGCCGUUAUAUAUUGGAAUGUAUGUGCCAGAUUUCAUAGCUACAUAAUAGACUUUAUUUAGGAUUCAUACAAGGCAUAGCUGAAAUGUUCUUUUUUAUUUAAAGCAAAACCAUUUUUCUUUGAAGUGAACUAUGAGCAAACCCCCUUGACGAUAUAUGAUGGCGACGACAUGGUCCUGUUUAUGUCUAACAGAUAAAAACAGAAGUUUCUUCAAGAAACGUUUUUAAUUCUGCACUGGAUGGAUUAAACGAAUUAUUCGCAUUUUGAAAGGGCAGUGUUGGUUGUGUCAUUUGCCUGAGUGAUUUCUUUCAAUUAUAUGAUACCUGUGUUUGAUAUCUGUCACUUUGUACCAUGGUUCCAAAGUCGAAGGCUGAAGAAAUUCCUGUCAAGGUAGCUGUCAGGAUUCGACCACUGCUUCCUAAAGAGAUUCUGUAUGGGCACCAGUUUUGCAUCCGUAUAAGCAGAGAAGCACAGCAGAUAACGCUCGGUAGUGAUAAACACUUCAAGUUUGAUUCAAUUUUUGACCAUUCUUGCAACCAAGAGGAAGUGUAUAACAGCUGCGUGCAACCACUGGUUGAGGCAUUCUUCGAAGGCUUUAAUUCUACUGUAUUUGCUUAUGGACAGACUAGCUCAGGAAAAACGUAUACCAUUGGGGAAACUAAUAUAUCAUCUUUUAGUGAUGAAGAACAGGGCAUCCUUCCCCGGGCUGCAGCAGAAAUCUUCAAGACUAUUGAUGAGAAUGACUUGAUAGAUUACACUCUGAGGGUUUCUUAUUUGGAGGUAUACAAGGAAGAGUUCCAUGAUCUUCUCGAAGUAGAAUCUGCCAUGAAGAAUAUCCAGAUAAGAGAAGAUGAGAAGGGUAAUAUAGUGCUUUAUGGUGUGAAGGAGUGUGAAGUUGAAGGUUUGGAUGAGGUACUUAGUCUUCUCGAGAUUGGCAACACAGCCAAGCACACAGCAGCUACCCACAUUAAUACUCACUCCAGUCGCUCCCACACUAUUUUCACUGUAACAAUGGAGCAAAGACGGGGUACAGGCCGUGCCACCCGCCUUGUGUUGGACAGCCACAACGCAAUCUUUGGAUCUGCUCAGAUAAUAUUUUCCAAAUUUCACUUUGUGGAUUUGGCAGGCUCUGAGAGAAUUGUAAAGACUGGAAACACUGGUGAGCGGCUGAAGGAGAGCAUUCAGAUAAAUAGUGGCCUUCUAGCUUUAGGGAAUGUCAUCAGUGCACUUGGAGAUCCUAAAAGAAAAAGCACUCACAUUCCUUACAGGGAUUCUAAAAUUACCAGGAUCCUCAAGGACUCCCUUGGCGGUAAUGCAAAGACUCUUAUGGUGGCUUGCAUCAGUCCUUCUUCUUCAGAUUUUGAUGAAACUUUGAACACGCUUAACUAUGCCAGCAGGGCCCAAAAUAUCAAAAAUAAGGUAACUGUGAAUUGCAGAGGAGAGGUAGACCGUAUGGAGGAGUUGGAACUUCAGAUAAAAACUCUCCGUUUGGCUCUGGAGCAGAGGCACCGCUCGGAAACACGAAUCAUCAAUCGUUGUGAACAGGGUAAAACCUGUAGGCAGUCUCCUGAAGACCACAUGGCUCAGGUCCUUACAGAAUGUUCCCACUAUAGGACGUGCACUGACUCAGCAUACAAACUGUUUACAGAAUUGAUUGAGGAGGGAGGCCUUCCUGUAGAUCUGUCACUGAGAGUUAGAGAGUGGCUGGGUAAUGUAGAGGAAGAAAGGAGUGAACUAACCACUGCUUCUGGGCUGGAUAGUGGGAUUGAGAGUAACUCAGCAGAAGAAAAAACAAGAGGAAUGUCUAGGUAUCAGCACCAGAUACAGCAGUUGGAGGAGGAGAAUAAGGACUUCCUUGUUGCACUGGAAGAUGCAAUGGAACAGUAUAAACUACAGAGUGACAGACUUCAAGAGCAGCAGGCUCAGAUUCUUGAGCUGCAGAGUCAUCUAAAAUUGCUGCAGUCUAGCCAUUCUUUCUCUCAGCAGCUAGAAAGUGUCCAUCUCAUUGACCUUAAUCGUCGACCCCAUUCUGCACCAUUGGAUGUUACCUACCCACGGAGUUUCAAUUUUUUACAUUCCAUCUUUGGUUCAAAUGGAAACCGUGAGAAGUUCCUUUCCAAGAAGCAGAUGAAUGUUGCCCAGUCGUCUGUCUCUGUGAAUCAUAUUGCAGUGGAAUGCAGGAAUCCCAGCCAAGAUUUCAUUGGAAGUAUGGUACCACAGAUAGCGUCUGAAGAAGCAAAUCUCCCCUAUAGUAGAUGUGACCAGAAGGGAAAGGGGGAUGACGGAAAGAAGAGUCAUGCUAAGAGAAGGUCUGCAAAUCGAAAAUUAUCCAAGCAGGAAACAGCUGGAGUAUCCAAUGGAUUGAAUAACAUGAGUGGUUUAGUUCUCGGACUUCAGGCUGACAACGUUCUGCAGAUGGAGCAAACUAAAUUAAUAAAGGUUCCCUUCGUAAGGAGGAGUUCUGAAGUACAUGGACGUGCAGUUCAGGAAAAAACUGAGUGGAGGUUAUUGCAAGCUCAACAGAAGAUUAGAGAACUUGCUAUUAAUAUUCGCAUGAAGGAGGACCUAAUCCAGGAACUUGUUAAAACUGGUAAAGAUGCCCAGGCAAUGAAUAAGCAGUACUGCCAAAAGAUCUCUGAGUUAGAGAGGGAGGCAGACCAGGCACGAACUGAGCUUCUGGAGAGUCAGAGACAGCUGCAGGAAUUAGAAGAAAAAGAAUCACAGGAUCCAUUAGAGAAGUCUAGACUGCAAGAGUAUCGAUCAAAAAUUGCUGCAGUACAAAGCAGAGUACAGGCUUUGAAGCAGAAAAAACAGGACACAGAGAGAUUGGUAUCACUGUCCACUCAGAGUGAAAAGCGGGUACAAGAGUUGGAGAGGAACGUGCAGCUGAUGAAACAACAGCAGGCUCAACUACAAAAGAAACUUAAGGAGGAAUGUGAGCAGAAACGUCGUCUGGAGAAUGAAAUGAAGAAGGGUAGACACAGAGUCAAGGAGCUGGAGAUCAAAAAUGAGCAGCAACAGAAGAUCUUGAAAAUUAAAACUGAAGAAAUUGCAGCAUUCCAGAGGAAGAGGAGGAGUGGAAGCAAUGGAUCUGUUAUCAGUAUGGAAGAACAACAGAAAGUUGAAGAGCAAAAGAAGUGGUUAGACCUGGAAAUGGAAAAGGUACUAGAGCAGCGUCAGGCACUAAAAGACCUGGAGGAUGAGCUGAAAAAACGUGAAGAUAUUGUGGCCAAAAAGGAGGCACUUUUGCAGGAAAAGAGUGGAUUGGAGAUUAAAAGGCUGCGCUCAAGUCAGGCUCUAAGUAAUGAUAUUGUACGGGUAUCAAGCCGCAUUGAGUCCUUAGAGAAAGAACUGUCUGAGAAGAGUGGACAAUUGCGGGACGGCAGUCCUGUUGAUCAGCAGCAGAUUCGCCAAGAGAUCUCCAUCCUCAGGCAGGAGAAAGAUCAACUCUUGAAACAGAGAAGUGACCUGGAUGAGAAACUUAGACAGGGAAACCUUCUCUCCCCAGAGGAAGAGAGGAUUUUGUUUCAGUUGGAUGAGGCUAUUGAAGCUCUUGAUGCAGCUAUUGAGUACAAGAAUGAGGCAAUCACACAGCGACAGAGAACACAACGAGCCUCAGCUAGUUUACUGUCUCAGUGUGAGAUGAAUCUCAUGGCUAAACUCAGUUACCUGUCUGCAUCAGAGACCAGGGCUCUCUUGUGUCAUUUUUUUGACAAGGUUGUGACACUGAGAGAGGAAGAAAAGAAAUUGCAGUUGGCCUGUACAGAGUUGGAGAUGUAUGUGGAGGAGCAGAGACGGCUUGUGUACUGGCUUGAGGCAGCAUUGGAACGUCAACGACUGGAGACUGAUCGACAGCUAACCAUGCAACAGAAAGAGUAUGAAAGGAACAUGCAACUUCUGCUUCGGCAAUGUCAAGAACAUGUUGGAAUCGGAUUUGCUGGAAGUCAGCGCCAGUAUGAAGAGAGGAUUCGUCUGCUGGAGUUGGAGUUGAACCACUGCUGGAGAGCCAACCAGGAGCUGAACCAAAAGCUAAGAGAACUAGCAGGGUACACUGUGCAUCCUCUUCGUGAUCACACUAAAGUGCCUGCUGUGAAUGAAAAACUUCACAAAAGCAUGGACAAGCAUCUUCAUGGACUGGGAUAUCCGGAAGGAGGAGAAAAUCCACAGUCAUGUGAACAGCAGAAUUUACAAGUCAUAAUCACAGAUGGUAAUCCAUGGAUGAGGGAGGAGGUCAGAGAGAGAGUUCAUGCUCCACUUCCGCCAACAUGGCGUCGGUCAUCACUACCAGUAGAUGAUCACUCAGGACUUGAGGAAGCAUCACGAAAGGAAAUAGCAGAACAGACUUUAAGUAAGAUUGUACAGGUUAAUGAUGGAGCUGUACAGCGAAGUGCUGGACAGGGACUUGUUUCACGAAGGGAUCUCCGAAGGUCAAGCCUGAACAGUAACCCUAAUUUAACAAAUCCUGGCCUCAUUGAUGUUCGGAAAAAACCAAUGUGAUGACAGAAGAAUAAGGACUGUGAAAGAAUGAUGGGUUCUUGUAAAGAUUGAAAUACAGGGACAGCUAUGUCCUGCAGGACAAUGCACUGUGAAAUAUAAGCCCUUCUGUUAAAUUCUGUGGUAUACCCCUUUCCUUGGCCUGGUCAACCUUUUACAGUAUUCUUUUACAACUGUAAGUCUUGUUAAUGAGAGGGCCUGAGGUUUUAAAAUUUGGAUGCAACUUGGGUACAAUUCUAACCUUGGAUACCAUUAGACUAUCUUAGAAAAUAUGCAUUUUAGUGUUUAUUCACCCUCAAAUUUGAGUAGGUUAUGUACUGCUUUGUCUAGCCUCACCACCUUAAUAUCUGAAUAUGAAGAAAAGCCUGUCCAGUUUCUGUUUAUUGUGUGGAAUCCCUUGAGGAACUGUAUAUAUUUUACUUAACUGAUGUUAAUUGAUAUAUUACCUGUAUUGAUUAUCGCUUUGAACAAGUCAGAGAAAUGAGCCAGCAGGAGAUCAGCAUUCUGGGUGUUGUUACAUAUGUAGUAUUCUGCCUUUUUAUUUGAGAGCAAUAAAAUAAGGAAAUUACAUUUUACUUUUAAAGUAAUAAUUUAAACAGUUCAGAAUACUUUUUAUAUAUGAAAACUAACAGCACAAAAUAGAUUUUCAGUUGUAAUGACCAAAAUGUAAGCAGACUUUUUUUGACACUUGUGCUGCUGUAUUUGUAUGUAUGUAUGUAUGUGUAUAUAGACUCUUGUCUUUCA